AUGGCACCGGCCAGCUCCGCCAAUUUUGAGCUUCAAAACAGCUCUUCAGAAACCAAUGGAAACCUGGCACAAAUAUCGGACCUCACCAUCUCCAACCACUUCACCCUGGACCUAGACAUCCCCACUCCCAUUGUUGCACCCGCCACCUUUGACACCAUCAACCACUCCAUCCUUCUCACACAGCUUCAGUACUCCCUCGGCUUAACCUGCACUGCCCUCUCCUGGCUCAAUUCCUACCUUUCUGACAAUCAACAAUACAUCUACAGAAACAGCUGCAAAUCCUCCACCAUAUACACCCUUCUCCUGUGGGCUGGAAAACUUCCCCUCUCCUUCACUGUCAGAGUUGGAGAUGAAGUGACUUUGCCUUGUGAAAAUGUGAUAGACGGUCAGCAAAGAUGUGAAUAUACUACAUGGAUCUUCAGUGGUUCAGGAAACAAACCAGCAGUAAAGCUGUUUGAACUUGGGCAGAUUCACAAUGAAGCCAAAUCUAAAUCAGACAGACUGAGUGUUACAGAGAACUGUUCUCUGGUUAUAAAGAAAGUCACAGUCGAGGAUGUUGGUUACUACGGCUGCAGACAGUUCAACAAAUCAGGACAACAAGCUCCAGACUCUCUGGUUCAUCUGUCUGUUAUUAUCAUGACUGAACAUCAGGACGGUGAUAAGGUGACGUUAAACUGCUCUGUGUUGACGCAUAAACAGUUCUGUAGACACACAGUGAAGUGGCUGUAUGAGGGUAAAGAUGUGGACAAAGAUAACAAAGACAUGAAGACAUCACAGUCUGUCUGCUACACCACUGUGUCUUUCCCAGAUUCUCAUUUUAUUAACAAAUCAAAGUCUAACUUGACAUGUGAAGUGACAGAUCGUAACUCUAGAAAAGUGCAGCUGUUCACCUUCAGCCCUCAGUCUUCGGGUGAGAAAACAGGUUAGAAUAUGCUGAGCUGUUCAA